AUGUUCUCCUGCUUGAGCCCUUUGGGCCCUCCACUAAGGUCCCCUUUUAAUGCGUCCAGGAAUGCCACAACUGAACUCGAAGUGGUCUAUCGUGCUUGGGCAUCUGCAUUUUUCAACGGGCCGACGCUCAUCCCGUUCAUCUACAGAACAAAAAUAAAGCGAAGUGGGCUGGACGAUGGAGGCCCAAAUUUGAUCUCCACUCCUCAACUGGGCCGACGCUCUGUUCCCCGUCUCCGAUCAUUCCCUUCUCCCCCAAAACCUUCAACCGACGUCAUCCGCCGACAAUCUGAAAACUCCGCGACCACAUUUCCCGCCAAAUCCCCUGGUCCCCGGCAGUUCUUCCAAUCAGAUGCAGUAUCUCGGCAAUGCCUUGCUCUGUUGCUCACUCGAUCCUGCUGCUCCGCUCUCAAGAAUCUUCGCUUCUUCUCCAGCUCCUCCGCACGGCUAAUUGGAGGAGUAACCGUCAGGGUCGAAGUAGAAGUCAGCGGCCAGUGA